GUCCAAAGCAAUGCCCUUAAGUCACCAAUGUGGCAUUGAGCUUCCUAGCUUCUAAAAUUUCUCUCCGUCUUCAUCUUUCUCAUCUCCAAACCUUCACAAAGAAUUCUCCAACAUUAGGAAAUCAAGCACAUCAUGGGGAAGACGAUAGUUUCCUUGAAGAAGCUCGCGAAGAUGGCGAAGGAGAGAGCCCUAUCGGCCGAUCGGGACCAACUGUCGCAAGAAGUGUGCCUGCUCAAGGAGCGCUACGGCGAGGGACGCUCGCUGUCCUCCCUGUCGUCGACUACCCCGACGGGGUUCUUCCCGGUCUAUGUUGGGGAAGGGAGGCAGCGGUUCCUCGUGCCGACCGCGUUCCUGUCUCACCCGCUCUUCAAGAUGCUGCUCGAGAAGGCGCGCGAGGAGUUCGGGUUCGAGCAUAGGAACGGGCUCACGGUCCUUUGCAGCGUGCCUGCUUUCCGGGAGGUGUUGAACGCUGUGGAGGGCUGCAAUGGGAAGUUUGAGUUUGGCGAGUUGGUAGAGGAGUUUGUCUAGGUGAUCUCGUUAGCAUAGAUUGUAGCAGUAGCAGAAAGGCAGAUGUUUCGUUGGCCCUUUGUAGCUCAUCUCCUGUAUCCUAAAUUUUACUCAUUGAAGAAUUGUAUCAUAGCAUUGUAACACCGGAGUUU